GACCACCGACGGAAGUCACUAAAGCUGGCUUCUGGGGAAGCGGCCCGCCUCGGCAAAAUGGCGGCGCCCAGGUGCCCCUGAGUAGGGGGGACGUGACUGCCGCCUGAAGCCGUGGUGGUUGCCGGUUACUCAUGGCGCUGAGCAGCCGUAGCCGCCUGUUUCUGGCCGCCACUAGGCCCCUGGUACAUGGAGCGGGUCUUCGUUUUGCAUCAACCACAGCCAAUCUCAAGCCUGAGACCCAAGUGGACACAAGCGAAAAUGAGAUUGUUUCCCCAGACUUCACUAACAGGAAUCCCCGGAACUUGGAGCAGCUGGCCUUGGCUAGGAAAGACCGUGGCUGGAAGACAACGUGGCCAAAGCGUGAAUUCUGGCAUAGGUUACGGCUUGAGCGGACACAGCAUUAUGUAGAAGCCUUUGUUGAGCGCUCUAAUGGGGAUGUUGUAUUGUCUGCCUCUACCCGGGAGUGGGCCAUAAAGAAACACCUGUACAGUCCCAAGGGAGUAGCAGCAUGCAAAAACCUUGGCCGUGUAAUGGCACAGCGCUGUUUGGAAGCAGGGAUCAACUUUGUGAACUUCAAAGCUGUUAUCCCCUGGGAAUAUCGUUGUGACUCGAUUCAGGAAUUCGAAAAAGCUAUGCAGGAGGGAGGUGUCGUUCUGCGUGAGCCACGAAGAAUCUAUAAGUAAAAUGGAGAGCACUGGGAAAGCUUCACAAGGGAUGACGAUCACUUCUUUAGGUGUGUGUGUGCCAGCACGGUGAAGGUUCAGAGCUGAAAAAAGCUUGAAUGUGGCAUCCCAUAAUAAAAUAUUUUUAAACAGA